GCUCUCAUCUUUCGUCUGAUCUAGCUAACUGUUCGUGAUGGCUAGUGAGCAAUAUUUGAAGUUCGAAUGGAAUUCGCAAACACUCCAUGGCUGGGGCGGCCCCAUUCAUCUUCCAAACCACACAUACAGCAACAUCAUUCGGCUGAGCCUCGCUGGAGAGACAAUCCACGGCUUACCUGACCAGAUCAUUCUCAAGAAGCAAGGCGACAGGCCUGAAUUGUUUCAGACUGAACAGACAUUCUACAAGAAUGAAAAAGGGCUUCAGGAUGGCGGUUUUGUACCACAGUACCACGGCCUCGCCAGAAUCGACGGUGAGGAGGCCCUUGUGCUGUCUGACCUCGGAGGUACCAUGAUGCACGACAACCCUUCACUUGCGAAAGACGAAAAUGCAUUGCGGGAAAAACUCACAGAACUCUUGACGGCGAUUCGACAGGCUGGUGUAGUGCAUGAGGACAUCACUGUUUUGAACGUACUUCAUUGUGCCGAUAGUCGAUUUCGGCUUGUGGAUUUUGAGGAGGCCACGAUAUAUCAGCCAGUUGACGAGGCCGAGAUCAAAGACGGGGUGGCCGUGCAGGUUGAAGAGCUGGUGGGAAUAAUGAAGGGGCGUCACAAGGCGGAGAUGAGCACUCGGAGGUGGGAGUCGGGAUACGCUAUUCCCAUGCAGCACGAGGCCCUUCGCAGACCGAAUCUCUCGGCGGCGUUGAAUGCCGUCAACUUCAGGAGCACUGCUUGCUAAAUUUACCAGCUAAAAAUGGAUUCAUUUAUAUCCUUACCUACCCAGCGUUUCACUCCGUGUUGCAAGAACGAGCCUCAGGUGUCAAGGCCAACAAGCGGGUAUGGCUCAGACUGCACAAGUGCUGCCUGCAGGCACGACGCUGUUGCCUACAGUGAGUCAUGUCAAUGGCACAGGUAUAACAGCAGUUUCAUGCCAGUAUCAGAUAGCAGAUCCAAGCAUUCCUUUGCCCAC